AUGAGCUCAACCCCUCUCAAGAUCGACCCCGCUCGGGCCUCCGCGCUCGUUUCCCAGCUCCAAAGCGUGCAAGACCGCAUCCUCGCCGUCGCCAAAGGUCGCCCUGUCCGGCUCGUGGCCGUGUCCAAGCUCAAGCCCGCCAACGACAUUUUGGCGCUUCACCAGGCUCCCCAAGUCCAGCAUGCCCAUUUCGGCGAAAACUAUGCGCAGGAGCUGCAGCAGAAGGCGGAACUCUUGCCGCGGAGUAUCCAGUGGCAUUUCAUUGGUGGCCUUCAGACCAUUAGGCCUUCACCUGCAGAGUAUUAUGAGGAAGGUGACUACAAAUUAACGGAACGAACAGCCCACUGCAAGUCUCUAGCCCGCAUCCCCAACCUUUGGGCCGUGUCCUCCUUGGACUCCCUCAAAAAGGCCCAGACCCUCAACCGCGUCCGCGGCGAAGUCAUCUCCUCAGACCCCUCUAUUCCCAAGUUGAACGUCCACGUGCAAGUCAACACCUCGGGCGAGGAGUCCAAAUCCGGAUGCUCUCCAGGUCAAGAAACCAUCGAUCUGUGCAAGGCCAUCGUCACGGAGUGUCCUCACUUGAAUCUGCUGGGACUGAUGACGAUUGGUGCCAUUGCGAGGAGCAAGGCGACGACUCCCGAAAACGAAAAUGAGGAUUUCAUGGUGCUGAGGGGGCAGAGGGACCUGGUGGAAAAGGAGUUGGGGCUGGACAAGGGAAGUCUGGAGUUGAGUAUGGGCAUGAGUGAGGAUUUCGAGGGGGCGAUUGCCAUGGGGAGUGGGGAGGUGAGAGUGGGCAGCACGAUUUUUGGAGAGAGGGGGAGUAGGCAAGAUGCGAAGCUUGUUGUCUAG